GACUGCGGCGUCUCUGCGCGUCUCGGUGCGCCUGAGGUCGCUGUUCAGAAAGUCAGAGCUCCUUCUUCCCUUUCGAUUUUGAAGAGAAAAUGGAGAAACACUACACGGACUCUCACGUUAAAGGAGUCAGUACAGGGACCACCAUCCUGGCCGCCGUCUUUGAUGGAGGGGUCGUGAUUGGGUCAGAUUCCAGAGCUUCGAUUGGAGGGGAAUAUGUUUCUUCUAAAACCAUCAACAAGGUGAUUCAGGUUCAUGACCGAAUCUUCUGCUGCAUUGCUGGUUCACUCGCAGAUGCCCAGGCCGUUACCAAGACAGCAAAGUUUCACCUGUCCUUCCACAGUGUUCAGAUGGAGAGUCCUCCUCUGGUGAUCGCAGCAGCGACAAUACUGAAGGAACUGUGUUAUAAAAACAAAGAGGAGCUGCAGGCCGGCUUCCUCACUGCCGGCUGGGACAAGAAGAAAGGACCUCAGGUGUAUGUUGUGUCUCUGGGUGGGAUGUUAGUCAGUCAGCCUGUUACCAUCGGCGGCUCAGGCAGCACCUACAUCUACGGCUACGUUGAUGCUAAAUACAAACCCAACAUGACCAGAGAGGAAUGUCUACAGUUUGCCACCAACGCUCUGGCUCUGGCUAUGGGCAGGGACAAUGUCAGCGGGGGUGUUGCUCACCUGGUGGUGAUCACGGAAACAGGGGUGGAGCACGUGGUUGUACCUGGUGACAAGCUGCCGAGGUUCCAUGAUGAGUGAUCGGCCUCUUACCUUCUGGCUUCAAGCUACCGAUACAUUUAUAGAGUUAAUACUUACAUUCCCAAGCCACAAUAAUCAUUAGUUUUCUCUGUGGAGGUCAGGUCUCCGGCAGAUUUCCCUCUCAGCUAAAGUCAAACACAUGAAAAACAAGAUAGAAGUUGUUUCCUGCACACAAC